CACUGAUCCGGUAAGGACAGAUCAGAGUUAACAACGGGUCGAUCAAGUUAACUUCGUCUUAAAAACCCAAGCGACUGUCUUGGCUUAAUCAAUACCUUGCAUUCCACAAUCCAAAAGUAAACUUUUAAAACGACUCCUACGAUGAACCGAAAGCUACUCGCUGCGUUAGCAAUUGUAACAUUUCUCACGAUAGCUGACCUUAGCAACAGAACUGCUUGUGAAGCGAAACAGCGGCGCCGAAGGUUCACGUGGCAUGGAAGACGUUUGAUCUCACAUCGACCGACAAAGUCUGCAUCGAAUGGAAAUAGCCAGGUGAACAUGAAUUCUCAAAAGCCAGCAGAUAAUGAUGACACAACACAAAAACAAGACUUUGAUAAUGAAGAACAGGUUGGAAAAUUCUACGCUGAAGUGUUUGGAAGUGGUGAUAUGCGUCAACCACACGAACCUUGAUUUUUUACGAAGAUUAGAGAUGUAAAAUGGAGUCGACAUAAAUAUAGUUUUUUAAAUGUUU